AUGAAAGAAAUUUUAUUUAUUCGUUUUUGUUUAAUAUUAACUACAAUUACUACAUUAUGUCUUUCAUGGAAUGUAAUUGGCAAUGAAGGAUUACAGUAUUUGGCUAAUAUAUUUAAAAUAAACACAACACUCACAACGCUUAAACUUCAAGGAAAUCAUAUCGAUGCUCAAGGUGCACAAUAUCUAGCUGAUAUAUUACAAAACAAUAAAGUGCGAUAA